GUCUCCCUCCCUUGUGCGUUCUCUGACCAGCUCCUGUUUGUGACAGUGAGUUAUCUUUAUCUUCAUCUUCAACUCUCAGACUUAGGAACAUAUUCAGCCUGUCAUCUCUCUGACUCACACACACACACUGAAUCAACAGCGCCUCUCACACGCUCCCAUCUAGCAGACUCAUUUCAUCGCACAGCUAAAUCAUGGCAGACAAAAAGGACAGCAAGACUCCCAGUAAAGGCAGUGUGGUGAAAAAGAAAGAGAAGAAAGUGGAGAAAGUAGAGAGUAAACCUCAAAAGGAGAAAGAAAAGAACAAGGUUAAAGAUGAAAAGAUGACAAAGAAGCCGGAGAAGACCCUAGAAAAUCAGCAAAAAGAUGAGGAGAUGCCACAGGGAAAUGGGGAGAUAGCAGAAGGAGCCAAAGGCCCUGUCAAAGAUGAGGAGUUUGAGCUGGAGCCUAUGGAGCUGCCUCCAUUUGAGAUCAUUGUAGGAGACAGAAUGAACCCCACCUUCUUCAAGUUCCAGUUUAAAAACGUGGAAUAUUCUUCCGGGCGCAAUAAGACCUUCCUGUGCUACCAGGUAGACAUUCAAGGGGGCGCUACAGAGAAAGACGGCCUUCGUGGUUACCUGGAGGAUGAGCAUAAGGGUUCACACGCUGAAGAGGCCUUCUUUCACCAGGUGCUGGCCUAUUACGACAAGUCACUCCAGUACACAGUGACCUGGUACACGUCCUCGAGCCCUUGCGCAGCCUGCGCUGCUAAGCUUAUCGAGAUCUUGCAAGCACGCAAGUCACUGCGCCUUAAUAUCCACUGCUCCCGCCUUUUCCAGUGGGAGGAACCAGAGAUACAGGCCGGACUUCAGGCGCUAGCUAGGGCGGGAUGUAAACUACGCAUGAUGAGGCCUUUGGAUUUUGCGUAUGUUUGGUCUACUUUCGUUGAGAACGAGGAAGAUAACUUUGCACCAUGGGAAGACUGUCAAGAUAGCUAUGAUUAUUAUGAUGAGAAGUUGUGUGAUAUUUUAAAGUAGGAUAAAGAGCCGCUGCUGGCCUA